AUGCUGCUCGAUCGGGCGCGACAAGUGGUCAUCAUGGGCAUGCGGAUACAGCAGACGAGUGUGGGCCGAGCCCAGGGGGCUGCUGCCGCCGCGGCAGCCACCGAGGUCUCCGAGUGGCUGGCACUGGUUGCCGAGGUGGCGAAAGAGGCGUCGGCGUUGUCUGGUGCGAACAGAGAGGCUGGGGCUGAGGCCGAGGCUGAUGCCUCCGCCGGGCUCGCCGACGCUAUUGCGACGGCCGAAGACGCCCAGAUUGACGAGAUGUACCAUUUGGCGCUGGAUGAGGCGGCGUGUCCGGGCGGCGGCGGCGGCGGAGCGUAUGUGGCGAUCGCGCCGGGUGCAGGAGGGGCGGAUGCCGGCGAGUGGGCGCAGAUGCUGGGCGCGAUGUAUCUGCGAUGGCACGGGCGACACGCGCGCGGGCGUGAUGCCUCGCAGGCGGCAUGCAAUGCAGCCGGGGCCCAUGGCGUCGAUCUUGUGCUUCCGGGCGUGCGGGCCGAGGGCUGGCUGGCGCACGAGACGGGCGUCCACAAGCUGGUCCGCCGCUCGCCCUUUGCCAGCGGGCGGCGGCACACCUCGUUUGCCUCUGUACGAGUCCUCCCACUGCCUGGCGAGGCUGCGCGCGGCCCCGACGGUGACUCGCUCCUUGCCUCGCCCGACGUGAGGGUUGAGACGUUCCGGGCGUCGGGGCCGGGCGGGCAGAGCGUGAACACCACCGACUCGGCCGUCCGCCUCACCCACCUGCCGACCGGCAUCUCGGCCGUCGCCGCCGAUCGCUCGCAGGGUGGGAACAAGCGGACAGCAGCACGGACGCUGGCUGCCAAACUAGCUGCUGCCGCCGCCGAUGCUGCCGCCGCCGACUCGGCUGCCGCCUAUGCCGCUCUGGAUCGCAAUGCUUUUGGUUCGGGUGGUGUGGUGCGGUCGUACGUGCUCGACCCGUACACCAUGCAUCAAGACGCCACUGGUCCACGAUGUGCUUGA